AUGUGUUGGCACAAGAGAAUCAUCUUCAGCGUCUGUUGUCACUCGCGCUGGGGCCCAGAGACGGCCAAGUGCGAUGCCGAAAAGGCCUACGAGGAAGGUCUCCGCGGGGAAGGCUGCUACCAGCGCUGGUCGCAACCGCGCGACGUCGUCCGCGUCGAGGUCAAGUGCCGAAAGUGCGUGCUGGCCAAGCGGCGGACGGAUGAGCAGUUUGCAAGAGUAAAAGCCGUCCUCACCUCGCUUCGCAAGGCCGUCGAUGCCGCUCUGGUCGUCUCCGACGAGGCCGGCGCCGUCCUGGACGACGACGGCGACCACGGCGCUGUCUCGCACUUUGACAUGGGCCGGGAUAGACAGUUAUCGACCUCUUUGUGCUCGACUGGCAGCUCGUCCAGUGGGCUCGAUUCGAAUUUCGAAAGAGGCAAAAAUGUAAGUAUGCCUUGUUACUAG